AUGAGGGUCUACUUCCUAUGGAUAGGAGCAUGAUAGAUGCAGCAGCUGGAGGAGCCUUGGUGAAUAAGACUCCAAAUCAAGCAAGAGAGUUAAUUUCAAAUAUGACAGAAAAUUCACAGCAAUUUGGGAGUAGAACUCUUGGGACUAGAGUGGUUAAUGAAACUCAUUUGGUUUCGAAUGAGCAACAAGAAAUCAGAAACAAUUUGCAAGAAUUGACCUCUCUAGUGAAGCAAAUGGCGUUGCAAAAUUUGAGUCAUGUUUCAAAUUUUCCUUUAUCAAUGAUGAAGUUGUGUGGAAUUUGUUCAAGCCAAGAUCAUUCUUUGGAUCAUUGUCCUAAUUUAUAUCAAGAUGAAUCUGUUGCAGCCAUUUCAAGACCUCAAUUUCAGCAACACAAGUAUGAUCCCAACUCUUCAACUUAUAAUCUGGGAUGGAGGGAUCAUCCUAAUUUGAGGUAUGGGAACACAUUUUAUCAGCAGCCAACACAAAAUCAUAUUGGUCAGCCAUCAUUUCAGCAUCAGCAGAAUCAACAUUAUUUCCAGAACCAUCCAGCAGUUCAUUCUCAGCAAAAUCAGCACUUCCAGCAGCCACAAUUUCAGCAAAACUUAAACCAAAAUCAGCAAUUUCAACCAUUCCAGAAUUUUCAGCAUUCGAAUGUUGCAUUUCAGCCACAAUUUCAGAAUGCACAGAAUCAGCAAAACCAUUUCCAGCAAAUUCAGCAACCUGUGCAGAAUUUCCAGCAGCCUAGCAGUGCGAAUCAGCAUCAAUUUCAGCUUGCACUUCCAUCUUCUACAAGUCCUAGAUCAAUGCAACCUCAGCACAACUUUAGCAACUCGAAAAUUGAAGAUUUGAUGCAGCAAAUGAUGCAACAGCAGCAACACCAGCAAAGAACUGAUACAACGCUGCAAAACAUUGAAAGACAGAUUGGGCAACUUGCUAGCAACAUCAAUCAAAUGCAAAAUCAAGGAUCUGGACAAUUACCUUCACAACCCACUCCAAAUCCUAAGGGAAAUGUGAGUGCAUUAACUCUGCGAAGUGGUAAACAAAUUUCAGAUCCAAAACAGAAUUGUCCGGUAGAAGCGCAGCAAAAUUUUUCCAGACCAUUUGCAGCUUCGAGUUCACAGAAUUUCCAGAAUUUUCCAGCAACUUCAGAGCAGCCAGAUACUGCACAGCAUGGGAUUACUGGAGCUGAUCAGCAACAUUUCAAUCAACCGGAAGCUUCAGAUUCUGAUCAAAUUGAUGGAGCGGAUUUCGGCUUGGAAUUUACUCCAACAGCAGCUUCAAAUUCAGCUCAAAAUUCAGCACAUAAUCUGGGAAAUUCUGGACAGAAUCUGGACAGAAAUCUAAACCAGCAAGGAGUUGAGCAUUCUAUUCCAUUACCUUUCCCUCAAAGAAGUGUACAACCAAGGAAAGAGAUGGAGGAAGAAAAGGCGAAAGAAUAUCAAGAAUUGGUGAAAUUGUUCAGCAAGGUUGAAGUGAACGUUCCUUUGCUUACUAUGAUUAAGCAAAUUCCAAAAUAUGCCAAAUUCCUCAAGGAUCUUUGUGUGCACAAAAAGAAAUUGAAGGGAAAUGAAUUGAUAAGUAUGGGAAAGAAUGUUUCAGCAUUACUUCAGCCAGUUCCUCAGAAGUGUGAAGAUCCAGGAGUUUUCACCGUGCCUUGUGUGAUAGGAGAUUGUAUCUUUGAGGAUGCGAUGUUAGAUCUUGGAGCUUCUAUUAAUGUGAUGCCUAAAUCAGUUUUUCAGUCAUUAAGAAUUGGACCUUUGCAGCCUACAGGUGUAGUGAUUCAAUUGGCCAACCGAAGUCAAGCACACCCAGCUGGAGUGAUAGAAGAUGUAUUGGUAAAAGUGAGGGAGUUGAUUUUUCCUGCAGAUUUUUACAUUUUGGACAUGGAGGGUGAUGUGCUUGCAAACAGGGCUCCACUUAUUCUUGGACGUCCAUUCUUGAAGACUGCUAGAACUAAAAUAAAUGUACAUGCUGGAACUCUUUCCAUGGAGAUAGGAGAUACAGUAGUUAGAUUCAGCAUUUUUGAGGCUAUGAAGCAUCCUAGAGAGGAUCAUUCCAUACUUAGCUUGGAUAUUUCAGAGGAGCUGGAUGGCAUGGAGUUCUUGUCAGAUAUUGAUUCAGACUUAGAGAUUUCUGAUUUUGGUACAGUGAAUGAAUUUGUUGCAUUAUUGGAAGAUGUUUUAGAUGUGGAAUCUGAUGUCAAUUCAAGUGAAUGCGUAGGGGAUUGCUUGGGAGAAGCAUUACCCCUAGGAUCGCUCAGAGAGGAAGAGGUAUGUGUAGGGGAUUGCUCAGCAGCAUUACCCCUAGGAUCACCUAUUAUGGAGCAGACACAAGAGGAGUUGAAACCAUUGCCCCAACAUCUGAAAUAUGCAUAUUUGGGAGAAAAUCAACAGCUACCUGUCAUCAUAGCUCAGAAUUUGGAACCAGAUCAGGAGGAGAGAUUAUUAGAGAUUCUGAGACAGCAUAGGAAGGCCAUUGGAUGGACUUUGGCAGACAUUCCUGGGAUCAGUCCUUCCAUUUGUAUGCAUAGGAUCUAUUUGGAGGAGGAUGUGAAGCCAGUGAGACAGCCACAAAGACGACUGAACCCUUUGAUCUUGGAUGUGGUAAAGAAGGAGGUGACUAGACUCUUACAGGCAGGCAUUAUUUAUCCGAUUUCUGACAGCAAAUGGGUCAGUCCCAUCCAUGUGGUUCCGAAGAAGUCAGGGGUGACAGUGGUAGCUAAUGAAGAGAAUGAACUGGUGCCCACGAGAGUGAAGAAUUCCUGGAGAGUAUGUGUGGACCAUAGAAAGCUGAAUCAAGCAAGCCGAAAGGAUCAUUAUCCACUUCCUUUUAUUGAUCAGAUGUUAGAGCGGCUGGCAGGGUACACAAGGACUCAUGAUUCAAGUGGAGGCUUAGUUCACUCAACCAAAUGGAGUAGUGCAAGGCCACCUUUGGGCUCAAUUAAACCUGGAUUCCAAUGGAUUUCAAGGAGCUUAAACCCAAGCUAGAUCACACAUGAGCCUUACACCAACUUAGGGUUCAAUGAGACAAAACCCUAGGUAUUUAAAGAACAUUUUGGCACGGUGAAUAAUGAGCUCGCUACUGUUCAUCGUGCCGUUUCUCUUUCGACGGCGCGAAGCUUGCUCCCUUCCUUCUUCCAGAGCUUCGAACCAGCUUGUCUUCACCAGCGUGGAGUUCCUCAACCUCCGACGAUCAGAUUCCGACCAUCAGUUUUCAUCGGCGAAGUGUUUUUGCAGGCGAGGCACUGUAGCUGCGAGUCGCGAGUUUCAUCUCGGGUUGGAGGUGUUCUUCCGAUUCGAGCUUCCAUUCCUUUACUGGAUUAUUGGCGGUGGUCCUCCAGUGAUUUUGAACCCUUUCCGACCAGUUUCCAUCCUUCGUAGCCCCUUCGUCCAUGCUGCGAUUCCAGCGACAGUAAACCCAGCAACGUGCAACAGAGUACCAAGUCAGAAUCUGAUCUCGCUGAAGUUUUGUGACCUGAUACAAGUGAAUCUGAGUUCGUUUUGAAGCUUGAGGACACCAGACCGAUUUCUAUUGGAGUGUUCUCUGCAGAUUCUUUGUGUGACGGCAAAGAGAAGACAAACUAAUUCGAGAUUUGGGUGUAGGGAUGUUAGGUUUUCUUUACAGUUUGUUUCUGGAUUAUGUUUUCUUGUUUCUGCACUUUUGUUUCAGAAUUUAAAGUUUUAUAGAGUAGAUUUGUUAGCAA